GCAACUUGGAAGCCUUCCUCCUCCUUCUAAGGAUAGAAUCUGGAUCACGCCUCUCCGCAGCGCGCCCACAAUCCUUUGCGGCCCGGGGAAAGGUGAAAGGGUUUACUUCAUGUCAAGAUGGCGACCCCCAUCGUCCUCGUGUGACUCCGCGACGAGGAUUGAAUUUGGGAGCUUUGUAAAGGAAUGGUGAUCCUAGGAGGCAAAGUCCAGAUCCCUGAGGAUUUCAAACCGAAGGUUUCCACUUCCUGGCAUAUGCAGCUUCCAUCAUGAGCAACUUUUCUCAGCAGCAAACGAGCAAAGGCUUAACAUUUGCAGAGAAGCAGUUGAAGAAACAUGGCUGGAAAAAAGGGAAAGGACUAGGAAAGAAAGAGAAUGGGAUCUCUGAGGCCAUCAAGGUUAAAGUGAAGUGUGACGCCGCUGGGGUAGGCCAUGAUUCAGCUGAGCAGUUCACCUUCCAUUGGUGGGAUCACGUCUUCAAUUCAUCAGCUGCUAAUAUUUCUGUUGAGGCUGGACAGGAUGGUGUUAAAGUGAAACAGGUUUCCAAGCAAGAUGGAAUGAUAACAAAUAAAAAGCCCCGCAAAGCGCUGAGGGACAAGGACAUGCUGUAUGGCCGCUUUGUGAAGGCAGCCACACUGACGGCCAGCAGAGAGGAGCCGCUGAAGCCGGCUUCCUCUUCCGACAGCAGCGAAGAGGAUGAGGAUGAGAAACUGGAUCUGUCCACAGCUAAGAGGCUCACAGAUGAAGAACUGGUUCGAGCUUGUGGGGGACGUACAGCACAUAAAGGAGCUCGUCACGGCUUGACCAUGAGUGCGAAGUUAGCCCGCCUGGAAGAGCAGGAGAAGGCUUUCUUGGCCAGGUAUAGUAAGCAGGAUGCGGCGCCUGAGGCUGCUUCAAGCAAUAGCAGCGAGGCUGAGAGACAGAAUCCAAGCAAGAGGAAGAAGCGGAAGAAAGCAAGAGAGCCAGACUUGGAGAAAGCCAUUUGUGAGAACGGGCAAGUUGAAGGAGAAGAGGUGCCUUUGGUAGAUCGAAAGAAGAAGAAAGCCAAGAAAAGGAAGAAGAAACGGGGAAGUGAAGAGGACGGAGAAUGAAAUGCUGACCAAGGAAGCCCCCAGCCCCAGGAGACCUUAGAACUGAAAUUUCUGGUCGAGGGGAGGAAGUCUCGCAAUGCAAAAGGAGGGCGUAUUUGUGGUGGGAAUCAAACUGUAUUGUGCCUUGUCAUGAUUCCUGGUGGACCUCCCAUCCCGCAUUUGUUCUAGGAACAGAGUUUUUGCAAAUAUGUGUAGCCAGUGCCUUGCCUGCUUCAUUGUGGGGGGAACGGCUCUCUCCUCUGUCGUGAAAAAGAUCACCUUCAAUAUGAGAGGAGGGAGAACAUCAAGAAGAUUCGGAAACAGGAAGAAAAAAAAUCAGAUAACCAGUUGUGAAAUAAAUGGAUACCGGAGAGGGGA